CACGCUGUCGUCGCUCCGCUCUCCGCGCUGCGAGGGGUCUGAUGUUUUUCGUUGCGGAAGCUGUGAAUGAAGUUCUGCGAAGAAUUUAAAAGCCUCCUCGUCUUUCUUUGGAUAUUAUUCUGGUAACUGACAUGGCAAAAGGAAAGAAAAAUGUGCUGAGAAACGACAGAAAGCCAGAAGACAGUGUUGAAAAUAAAGACAGGUCGAGGACGGAAACAAAGGAAAACAAACCAGCGAAUAACAAGGAUUUCUUUGGUACAUUGCAGACAGUUCCUCAGGGAUUAAGGACUCAAGGCAAACCUAGAUCCCCACUGAGCGACGGUUCAAGCAUGCUGAUCCAGGAGGGAAAUGAAUCCGAUGCAAACAAUCCUGACGUGACCAAGCUGAAAAAAGACGUCCCUCAUGACAUAAAAUCUGAGAGUAGUGAGUCCAAAGAGCAAAAGCCUGAAGCAGCGCUGCACUGUCCUGGCGUCACAGAAACAGCCACAGAUCAGCUUAAGCAGAAAGAGACCACCGCUCACGUCAACGCCAAACCUGCAGCAGACGGCAAAGUGUCGGCAGCCAAACCUCGGGGCAGACCCGGUCGCAAACUCGGAGCAAAGAAGACGGAGAAUAAAGCUCCCCAAAACAGAAAGGUCACAGACUAUUAUCCCAUCAGGCGGAGCAACAGGAAAACUAAAGCAGAGCUGAAGAGUGAAGAACACCGACACAUCGAUGACCUGAUAAAGAACGGCAUUGAGGAAGGAAUGCAGGUCAAACACAUAGAGGGAAAAGGACGAGGCAUAUUCGCUGACAAGGACUUCAAAAAAGGAGAGUUUGUGGUGGAGUAUCACGGAGACCUGCUGGAACUAGAAGAGGCUAAAAAAAGAGAGGCCGAGUACGCUCUGGAUCCCCAAACCGGCUGUUACAUGUACUACUUCCAGUACCAGGCUAAAACAUACUGUGUGGACGCUACAAAAGAAACCAGCCGUCUUGGAAGGCUGAUCAACCACAGUAAAGCCGGGAACUGUCAGACGAAGCUUCACCCCAUCGAUGACACCCCUCAUCUGAUCCUGGUGGCCUCCAGAGACAUCAAAGCAGAGGAGGAGCUCCUGUAUGACUACGGCGACCGGAGUAAAUCCUCCAUCAUAGCUCACCCAUGGCUCAAAUUCUGAACCCCUCCUCCUUGAAAAGCUCAUAUCUGCAAUGAAUUGGUGCUUUGUGUAAAAUAUACUAUAGACGAGAAGUCCUAAACUGGCUUUUUUUUGUUUUUGUCUUAAGACGAGGAUAAAACAUGAACUCCAUGGAAAGAGUAUUGUUUUGCGACAGUUUUUAUUGUGCUUUUAUAAACUUUUUUUAUGAUCUAAUUGUAGUAAAUUGAUGCAAGCUUGAAGAGUCUAUUUCUCCUGGAUACGUAAAGUGUCAUAUUGUACAUGAGGUUACAUUUUGUAUCACCAUUAAUUUUCACUAUUGUAAAUUAUUCAAUGUGUUGUAAAUUGAAGAAUAAACACUGUUGAGAUUUCA